AUGGGUAUCGACAAUUCCCAGGGCCAGACUCAUAUUGAAGAUGAGAAAGAUCCACAGCAAACACGCAUGCGGCAGCAGUCCGUCGCAUCUCGACGUCUGAGUGAAGCCCAGGCCAUGAAACUGGCAGAGGACGACACCGCCAUCGUUGACGAAGAAAUCGCAGAGUUUGAAGCAGCCCUCGAAGCACAACCGGUCAAGAGCACCUUUCUCAAUCCGCAAAUCUCGUUCAAUGACCCCCGACACUUCACCUGGCUCCUUGUCGGCUUUGCUUCAAUGGGUGGCAUGCUCUCUGGGCUCGACCAGAGCGUUAUAUCUGGUGCCUUGCUCUAUAUGCCCGACGAUCUCCACCUCAGCACAUCUCAAGUCAGUUUGACUAGCUCUGCCGUGCCACUUGGCGCAAUUGGUGGUGCCCUGCUCCUCGGUCCCACCAAUGAGCUGGUCGGUCGCAAGAUGGCCAUCAUCAUCUCCCUGAUUCUCUACACCAUCGGUGGCGCCCUGGAAGCCGGUGCUAUCAACUUUGGCAUGAUUGUGGGCGCAAGAGUCAUCCUCGGCAUGGGUCUCGGACUUGAAGGAGGCACCGUUCCAGUCUACGUGGCAGAGUCGGUCGAGAAGAAAUACCGCGGCAAUCUGGUCAGCCUGUAUCAGUUCAUGAUCGCCUUUGGCGAGGUCAUUGGGUACGUGGUCGCGGCCAUUUUCGUCAACGUGCCGUCUGGUUCUUGGAGGUAUAUGCUUGGCUCGUCCCUGGUCUUCAGCACCAUUAUGCUUGUGGGCAUGCUUUUCAUGCCCGAGUCCCCGCGAAUGCUUCUACACAAGGGCAAGACCCUGGAGGCGUUCGCUGUGUGGAAGCGAAUUCGAGGCCUUGCCAGUGCCGAGGACCGCAAAGAAUUCUUCAUCAUGCACCAUGCUCUGGAUGCGGAAAUUCACGAGGGUGACACAAAGCGCCGGAGAUUCGUCUGGCUCGACUUCUUCACCAAUCCGCGUGCACGAAGAGCCAUCGUCUACGCAAACAUCAUGAUUGCGCUUGGCCAGUUGACUGGGAUCAAUGCAAUCAUGUACUACAUGUCAACACUGAUGUCCCAGAUCGGAUUCGACAAGAAGCAAUCCGUCUUCAUGUCCCUCGUGGGAGGCGGCUCUCUCCUGCUAGGCACCAUCCCAGGCGUGCUGUACAUGGAGAAAUUCGGCCGUCGCUUCUGGGCAAACACCAUGCUCCCUUGCUUCUUCGUCGGUCUCAUCUUCGUCGGCGUGUCUUAUCAAUUGAAUUCCGUCACCGCCACAGAAGGCAUGUACCUCACGGGGAUCAUCCUGUACAACGGCUUUUUCGGGUCCUACGCUUGCCUGACCUGGGUUCUGCCCAGUGAGGUGUUCCCCACGUACUUGCGGUCCUACGGCAUGGAGUCCACCGACGUCAACCUCUUCUUCGGCAGCUGGCUCGUGACCUACUUCUUCUCGGACAUGCAGCGGGCCAUGACCAAGACGGGCUUGACUCUCGGCUUUUACGGCGGGAUCGCGGUGCUCGGCUGGAUCUAUCAGCUUUUGUUCAUGCCCGAGACGAAGAACAAGACCCUGGAGGAGAUCGACCUGAUUUUCAGCCAGCCUACCAGUCAGCUUGUGAGGGAGAAUCUCAGAAAUGUCACGCGGGGGAUGAGCGACAUUGCGCAUUUCCGGUUUGGCAACAUCUUGUCCCCUGCAGAGGAGAGCCAUGAAAUUGAAAGGCACAUGGACGAAGUCAAGGCGUAG